CAUGUGCGAUAAUAAAAGAAUAAAUUCAUCUAAAUUCUUAAAAGAAUUAGUAAAAUGUUCAGAAAAAGCGGCAAAUAUUGCUCGAUUAGUGAAAUCGGAAAAAUAUUUAUUCCAACUUCUAAUUGAAAAAAAGACUGGCGAUUCGGCUAAUUCGAGGUUUGUAGAAGAUUAUAAAACUCUCGCAGAUGUUCUCAUUCAAGAAUCUAUUCGAUAUGAUUUAUCGAAAGAGUUUCCCGGAUUCGAAAAUCGAAUAUUCGGCGAAGAAAAGAAUAUCUUUACUAAUAAAUUAAACGAGUCAAUUGAAGUUAACAUUCUGGAGGAUGAAGAAGAUAUGACGAACCUUUUAAGCAGAAUUCUAAAUGGAGACGAAAAAGCAGCUAAAAUGUUAUCAAAAUGUGUAUUAGAACAAGUGGAUGACACUAUCGUAGAGAAAGUUAACAUUGACAUUGAAGGUUACGUAGAUUUGUCCACAACAGCCAUAUGGAUUGAUCCUAUAGACGCAACGGAACAAUACAUCAACGGUCAAAUAGGCGUUCGUCACGCUCUCGAUAAUGGAAUAGAGGAACGUGGACUACCAUGUUGCGUAGUUUUAAUUGGCGCUUACGACAUGAAAACUGGCUGUCCAGUAGCCGGUGUUUGCAAUCAGCCAUUUUACCAUAUGGAUAACGAGAGAUGCUCCAGUAGGAUUCGUACUGGAUAUGCAGCGAAUACAAGAAAACAACAUGAGGAAAUAGAAACGGAGAAGAAAGAUGCCAUGACAAUUGUUAUGUCAUCAAGUGAAAAAAGUGAUGUGAUUGAGAAGCUUAAAGGCUUUAAAAUAUACUACGCACCUGGAGCUGGUUAUAAAUCCGUUUGUGUUUUAGAUGAUCUAGCCGAUAUAUACGUACUUACAAAAGGGACUACGUACUUAUGGGACAUUUGCGGCCCCCACGCAAUCAUAUUAUCAAUGGGCGGAGGAAUAGUAGAAUACGACUUAGCAAUUGAAAAUUAUAAGAAAAUGGAUUUGGACUUGCUGCAAGUAAAAUAUCACGAUAGUAAAGACAAUGCACGAAAUAAACAUGGUAUCAUUGUUUAUAAAGAUACACAGAAAUUAAAACUAUUUCUCGAUCGUUUAACUUAA